AUGCCUCACCAGUACGGCGCGGGCGCGGGUGGCAUGGGCGGGGGUCCUCCGUCGCCGCCGCCGCAGCACGGCGCGCUGUACCCGCGCUACGCCGCCGCCGCGGGCCCCGGCGCCGGCGCCUACCGUCCCGAAGAGCGUCGUCUUACACGCGAAGCCAUGGAGCGCUACCUGCGUGACCGCUCGGAUAUGGUAGUUGUGAUACUCCAUGCUAAAGUCGCACAGAAGUCCUACGGUAACGAAAAGCGGUUCUUUUGCCCUCCACCAUGUAUUUACCUAUUUGGUGAUGGAUGGCGGCUGAGAAGAGAACGCAUGUUGCGCGAAGGGGAAACCGAGCAGGCCUCACAGCUAUGUGCUUUCAUAGGUAUAGGGAAUUCUGACCAAGAUAUGCAGCAAUUGGACUUAAAUAAUGGCAAACAAUAUUGUGCUGCGAAAACUUUGUACAUAUCAGAUUCUGACAAACGUAAACAUUUUAUGCUCUCAGUUAAAAUGUUCUAUGGUAAUGGUCAUGACAUUGGUAUUUUUAAUAGUAAAAGAAUAAAAGUAAUAUCUAAGCCUUCAAAAAAGAAACAGUCUUUAAAAAAUGCUGAUUUAUGUAUUGCUAGUGGAACCAAGGUAGCUUUAUUCAAUAGAUUGAGGUCACAAACUGUAUCAACAAGAUAUCUUCAUGUUGAAAAUGGCAACUUCCAUGCUUCAUCAACACAAUGGGGAGCAUUUACAAUUCAUCUGUUAGAUGAUAAUGAAAGUGAAUCAGAGGAAUUUGCAGUGAGGGAUGGAUAUGUCCACUACGGCUCUACUGUAAAGCUUGUGUGCUCUGUGACGGGCAUGGCACUUCCUAGACUUAUUAUUAGAAAGGUUGAUAAACAAAUGGCGUUAUUAGAAGCUGAUGAUCCUGUAUCACAACUCCAUAAAUGUGCAUUUUAUAUGAAAGAUACGGAAAGAAUGUACCUUUGUCUUUCACAAGAGAGAAUAAUACAAUUUCAAGCUACACCAUGUCCUAAAGAACCAAAUAAAGAAAUGAUCAAUGAUGGAGCAUGUUGGACUAUUAUCUCUACCGAUAAGGCAGAAUAUCAGUUUUAUGAAGGCAUGGGGCCAGUAAGAUCACCUGUGACACCUGUGCCGUUAGUUCACUCGUUGAAUCUCAAUGGGGGCGGUGACGUAGCGAUGUUGGAACUAGCGGGAGACAAUUUCACCCCCUCCUUACAAGUUUGGUUUGGGGAUGUCGAAGCGGAAACUAUGUACAGAUGUGCUGAGUCCAUGCUAUGUGUAGUUCCCGAUAUAACGCAGUUUAGAGGGCAGUGGUUGUGGGUUCGACAGCCUACUCAGGUGCCGGUUUCGCUAGUUAGGAACGACGGUAUCAUAUACGCGACGGGACUCACCUUCACGUACACGCCGGAGCCGGGCCCGCGGCCGACGUGCCCGCCCGUGGAUGACGUCAUGCGACCAGAACACGCAUGGCACGACGCCCACCGUCUGCCUGAUGCUUUACAG